UCUUAUCCGGAAUAAAAUGACUGCAAGGAGUGACAGCGGAAAUAAAGAUGCUGGCGGUUCAGAGAAGUUCGAAGAAACUCGUUCUGCACACAGUAGUCUUGAAAAGAAUGAUGUGGGUAACAACCAAGCUGCUGUAGAAUCGCGUUCUAAUGGAGACGAAAAUCGUGCUGAAGGUACAAGUUUGGAAGUUGAAGAAGACCAGGUAAUUGUGUGAGCACUUUGGUUUAUUUCAGUAAAGCUAUAGGAUUUGAAAUUUGUUUUAAUAUCCUAUGUAAGAGCACUAAGGACAAUUUGAAGCAAUUUACCACCAUACAUGAAGCUGUUUUGCAACUAGAAAUACGUGAAUCGCAGGACCUCGCGUAGCACUUUGGGGGAACGGCAAGCAGUAGGAAGAAAAGGAAAUAUUAAAGGCAAUAGAGAAGAAAAUUUAUAAAUUUAAAAAACUUACGCUAUGUAACGAAACAAAACAAAACUACAAUAACUAAAAAAACUAAACAAAAAGGAAAAAAGAAAAGGAGAGAAAAAGAAAAACAGCUUCCCUCCGGAAACGAACUCGGUACCCUCUACGUGCCAGGCCAUUUUAUUACCACUUCACCUCAUGCUCCGUGACAUCACACAUUAGAUGACAUCAGGGCGGACACUGAGCGAUAUAUAGAUUCAUAUAUAAAUAGAAAUAUGGGGCGUCCAAGUUUGCAGCUGGCUAAGACUGCACAUGCUGUGUGCACCACAAGAUUAUAAACUCUCUUCACGAGGAAUAAAUUUAAGUUGAAAUUAAAUAAUUUGAGAUAAGUUUUUAGUUUAGUCUUUACCAGCUUUUCUGGACACAGGUCCUGCCCAGAGGGAAUAGGUCCCAUGCAAAGUGCCAUCCCUACCCAAUCCCACAACCAGUAGAGGUUGGCCACACCACCAGGGGGUCAACGUCCUCUUCUCUUCUCAAACAGUGGUGUGGGUUCUUUAACGUCCCACAAGAACAGAUCAGUGAAAGUGCUGUGAGAUGGGACCUACAGUUUUUGUCCUUAUCCUAGAAGACUAAAAGUCUAACCAUUUGCAGAUGUCAUCACUACAAAGGCAGCACUUUCUUCUCAGUUAUUUAAAGACCCUGAAUGUUGGUCUGGCCGGGAUGUGAACUCCCGCUUGGCAGACCGGCGCUCUCCCAACUGAGCUAACAAGGCGGUGGUUUUAGUAUUUUAGUUUGACUGUGUUUCUUUAAUAAUUUACAUGCACUUUGCUAAGGAACCUGAAGAAGAUGAGUUUGAAGAGAUGAUAGCUGAAGGACUUUCCCAGUUGGGAAGAUCGGCUGAUGGAACUCUUCAAGUUUAUCUUAAUCUCUUCCUUCCUGUAAGUACGCUUUUUGCCAUCAUUCAUAACAUUUUUGCCUUUAAAUAUUCAAUCACUUCUGAUUUUAUUCUUUUUGUUUGUUUUGAUUGUAUUCUUUUUGACUGAUGACUUUUUAGGGAUGUGGACUGACAGAUAUUACGUGCCUACAAGAAUAUGUUCACUUACAAACCGUAGUUCUUUCACACAAUUCUCUUACAGGUACCUAUAAGAAUAGACAUAUCUAAAAUUUUGCAUUUUCUUUUUGUGAACUUUGCAUGUUGUGAAUCAACAGAUUGUUAAGGAACUUUUUUGUUGCUGCACAUACAUGCAUUAUUUUUUAUGUGCGUCACGGGAAAGUCCAAUUUGUUCUUUCCUUUAACUCCCGCAAAAGUAUUUUUCUGGUGAAAAUGUUUUUAUCAUGAUCAUAGUUUAUCUUGGCAAAAGCUAAUAAGUCCAAAACUAUGAUUGUACAUAGUUGAGCGAGAUUCCCUAUAGGUAACUGUGGUUUGUAUCAGGAGAUCCUUUUCUUUGAUGUGUGAAAAAAUAUUUUCUUUGCAUUUGAUACUGUUGUGCAACAAACUUCAACAAUAACAAUCUUUUUACUUGAGAAGGGGACUGUUACCUACCACUUUUUGGGAAACGAAUCUAAAAUCCUGUCCUUUAAAAUACUGAAAAAGAUCAUGAGGCUUGUAUACUUGAGACUUGUCAUGGGCAUUUCCUAACUGAUACUAAUUACUUUUAAAAAUCUGCUAUGCUCCAGGAGCCAGUAACAUAAACCGUCAAGUUGAACGUAAGAGCUAAUGUCAGACAUUCAGCCCACCAAUCGCCUAACUUUAACACCAGGCAUUGGGAGUUACGUCUGACAUUAGUUUCUAUGUAACUGACCCCAGGAUAAUUUCCUUUCACUGCAUACUUAUAUUCUCUGUUUAUCCAAUUAUUAGAUUUAAAUCCAUUAGGCAGCAUGCCAUAUUUGGUAUCACUUGAUGUAUCACACAAUCAACUCAGCUCUGUUUUAGAUUUCUCUCCUCCACUUGGUCUGAGGGUAAGUGAACUUAAACAGAUGACUUUGAACUUGGAUGCUGCCACUAAACUGAGAACAUUAUUAGGCUGCAUUCAUUACUGCAAAGGAAUUAGGAGAUAUAUAUUUUAUUAAGUGAGCAAUAUCUUUUAGAUCUCCCACAUCGUCAAAAAUUGAUGUCUCUCAUCUUGACCAAAAGAAAAAAAUUACAUCACUCUUCCCCAACCCUCUUGAGUAGGAAAGUAAAUAACUGACAGUUUUCACCUGAAAAUCCUCUUCCACCCCAACCCCCUCCUGUGGUAUACAUAAUGACUACAGCUUGAUUAGAUUUUUUUUUAAAUUUUUGUUUUGUUUUUUAUUGACACAGGAGGUGAACCUGUCUCACAACUGUAUAGAAACACUUCCUGAUCUUUCAGCUCAUCAUUGCUUGACAACUCUAAUACUGGACUGUAUCCUCAUAAACUUGCAUUUUAAUUUAAUUAAUGUAAUAUAUUUGUAACAUUAUCUGUGUAGAAAAUAAUCAUUCCAAGGCUAAUAGAAAGGCUCUUCUUUACCUGUACUGAUUAACGGGUGUGUAGUGUUUUGAAUUUCUUGGUCUCUAUUUCAUCCAAUGGCAUACGACAUGCUGUUUUAUGGCCUUAACAUUUGGAUUUACAGCUAAUUACAUAUCAGAGAUCCAGGGUUUGUCUAACUGUUAUCGUCUGUCACAUCUGAGCCUAAUGAAUAACAAGAUCACUCGAAUUGCCAACCUUGACCAUCUACCUCUGAAAUUCUUGAAUCUGGUGAGUAAAUAUCAACAUUUGUAGAUUAAUCAAUCGCAUUGCAACAAACUGAACCUCCAAGUUCAACCACUUCAUUUUCAAAACUCAAUUUUUUCCAGUCAAACACUAUCUAAUGGUAAAAAAAUUGAUAAAUUUCUGAACAGGUUUUCACUGUGCUUUAUGAAAUAAUCUCCUAACUAUUGCAGUUAACUAACUCCUGUGUUGUUUUAUGUUUUUAGAGUAACAAUAAUAUCAAGAAAAUUGAAAAUUUAGAGACCUUAAAAUACCUAGAGGUGAGUGACAGAGUUCACCAUAUUAAUUUAUACUUAUUUUUACAGUGUAAACAUUGGGAGUCACUACAAGGUAGCUCCUACUUAUCCCUAUUGUAUCUUUACCUCUUUUGUCAGGUUAUUAAUUUGUCGAGGAACAGUAUUAGAAGCAUGAAAGGUCUUCAGAACCAUAAAUUACUACAAGAGAUUGACCUGGAGGAAAACCAGGUUUGUGAGUUAAUACAUCACACUGAUAUGAACUAUUAUUCUGUCAGCACUGUUAGAAGUAAGAACUGGAAUGUCCAUGAUUUAUUGCAAUAUCAAUUUAUUGGCAAUUUUUUGAUGAACUGCUUUAUGAAGCAGUAUUAGUCACUAAAAUGCCAGCAAAUGGUGCCUUUGUUGCUUAUUAUAAUCUUAUUGUUUUUGGUAGAUAAUUGACAUAGCUGAAGUGAGGUACAUCAGAGAACUGAGUUUGCUACGGAACCUGAAUUUCCUUGAUAACCCAAUCCAGGUAUGAAAUGUGACAUUCCUAUCCCCCUCCACUCCCCCACAGGUAAUUACAUUGUAGAAAAUUGUCUUACCGUUAUUAUUUUUUUCAUUUUAUUUGCCACACAAUAAUAGAAAUUACAAAUAAUAUAGGAAAAGUGGGGAAAAUAAGUGGUGAGGAGACUCAACAGAAACUAUAGGAGCUUAUGAGAGGUUGGGCCUUCUCGAACUACACGUACACGCUAGAGCUGCUUACAUCAAUUGAAGAAAAGAUGGCAAAAUCGAGUCAGAGAUGGAAAGAUUUAAGAACGGUUUUCAGAUUUACUUAAUAGUUUUUAUAAUCUUCAGUAUUUUCUUAAAGGAGGAAAGGGAUUAAUAGCUGAUGACCUCGUUGUCAAGUGAAAAACUUAGGUCCUUGAAAAAAAUAUUUUCACUAAGCAACUUCUCAAAAACCUGAGAAGAUUGUCAUUAUAAGUCCUGAUUUAUUUUACUGUCUGUACAUAGGGUAUGCCAGACUACAGACUUUCCUUGUUAUUUAGAAUACAAAGUCUAACAGAGUUGGAUCGCUCCAAAGUUUCAGUUGAAGAAAAGGUACAAUAAUGAAUAUACUUUAAUAUCAUUGUCAUUAUGCUCAGCCCAUUAAGUAAGUUCUAUGUUUUGCUGAAGUAUAUGUCCCAGAUAACGCACUCUUCACUGUGGUUACGUGUUUAUUAUCUUGGUGAAUGUCCCACAUUUAUUGAUCUAACCCAUUUGAAGAAACAGAUGAAGUAAAUUGGUACAAAGCAAUGGAAAAUUGUCAUUCGUAAUUUGUUACAGUUACAUCAAGUUAGCCAAAAAUGUUUGAUUCACAGCUAGUGACAUUUUUGUUUAUGGUGUAUUUUCCUCUUCAGACUACUUUUCAUUUACCUCUCCCAUAGGUUGCAGCUGUCAACAUGUUUAAUCCUCCCCCAGAGGUUGUAGCAGCACGUGAUCAUAUGUUUCACGUGACCAAGUCUCUUCUCCAGGCCACAAGAAUUCAUGACAGGUCAGUUGAGUAAUGCACGUCCAUUCCUUCAUUUAAACGUCCUUCAAAUGUAAUGCACUGGUCAACUAACCAAGAAAAGUUCUUAGUCUGAUUUUGGAACUAGAUUACGAAAAAAUGUGAACGAAAAAAUAUGAACAAAGUUAAGAAAAAGUACGGAUUUUACAAAUUCGUUACCUUUCAAAGGUGGAAAGCUAAACUAUACUUACUGUGCGGGUUUUGUGAACUUUUUGUUGCAGAGUGUAUCGUUUUGUGAGUUUUCGAAGUAUGCAAAUAGUGUAAUAAUCGGACUUAAAAGGGGACUGUUUAAGUCACCGUUAUUCCUCUGUAUAAUUUUGUUUCCUGUGAAAGUAGCCAGGGUACAUGCUCGUGGAAGCCGGUGGAAAUCCCCGGUCCCCGGCCUCCGACCCUUAGUAAAAGCCCUAAGCGCUGCUAAGUUAUAGUCAAUAUACCCAGUUCUUAUUUAUGAUCUCUCUCUCUUUCAGUACCCUCCCGAGUGUGGAUACACCAUAUCCUAUGUUAAUCUUGUGCGGUCCCCCCGGGUCUGGCAAACGAUAUCUGGCUAGAAGACUUUGUCAAGAGUUUCCAGACUUCUUCGGCUUUGGGUGAGAAAGAAAUUUCGAUUUAGCUUUUAUUUUUAGUUGUUGAGAGGCAAGUUGCAAGAAAGGUGUUGUGCAAGAAAGUCUUCAGACUGAUUUACUGACAUUGCAAAGUUUCUGACAAGAAUCAAAUUUCGCAAAUCUAUCGAAAAUCACGAAGUGGUGAAUAGGAAUCCAUCCUGUGCCACGUUAAUGAAGGGCCACUUACAUGUACGUAAGAAGGUACCCUCAAACGGUGCUUUUACUUGCAACGUUAAGAUUUAUGUAACGUAACUUGUCUGUUCCCAUGUAUUAAGCCGUUAUUAGGGGUGGGAAUAGUCUGAAAUAUCAUCAGUCUCUUCGCCACACCCUUUCCCUCCAUCCCCCCUCCCCCUCCCCCUCCCCCUCCCCUAUUGAGUCUGAAUUCCCAGCGUUAUAAUGCCGCCCCGUCUCUCUCGCCUCGCCGCCCGUUGGGGGGUGGGGUGAAGAGAUGGGUGACUUUUCAGACUAGGGUGGGAAGGGAUACGAAAACGUUUUUGAGUCUUUGAGAAAAAAAACUUUAUUAUCAACCAAAUUUUUCCACACUUGUGGAUACACUGGUUAAUGUUCAAACGUCAUUUCCUUCUUAGCAUCUGUCACACAACAAGAUCGCCUCGUACCAAGGAAGAAAAUCUUGAAGAUUAUUUUUUCGUAACGCAAGAAGAAUUUGAUCAAGGGGUAGUGAUGGUGAGAUUCCACUCUUCUCUUGAUUGUCUUGCGCUUUUCAUCUUUCCUUUAAUGUGUUAGUUACUCAAUUUCCCUCCCUUUUUUGACCUUUACUUUUUUUCUCUACUAUCCUAUUCCAUUUUCAUUUCAUUUUUUUUUUCAUUUUAUUGUCAUUCAUUUGCAGGGCAAGUUCCUUCAGACUUGCCAGCUAGCGGGAAACUGGUACGGAGUCACGAGAGAGGCCGUGGAAAAUGUGGCCCGCGAGGGACUUGCUGCAGUGUUUCAUAUGGACUUACAGGUUUGAAAUUUUGUUCAAGUUACAUUAACGUCAAUCAACGUUAAUUAUUUUUAACGUCAAUCACGUUAAUUAUUUUUAAUCAUGCUGCUGAAGGAGAACACGAAUAGAAACGAAUCAUACGAUUACAACUUUUAAAACACAAGAGAACAAUAAGCUACAAUAAUUAAUAAAUCAAGAACUGUACACAAAGAGGAAGGGGAUCAUGUCAAUACAUUCUUUUACACAAAUGGAGAACUGAAUAUGGCUCUUGAUACCCGGCACAUUGAAAGAGAAGGAUCAUUUCAGCUGCGUUAACUUCUUCCUGCUUUANUUUUUUUCAUUUUAUUGUCAUUCAUUUGCAGGGCAAGUUCCUUCAGACUUGCCAGCUAGCGGGAAACUGGUACGGAGUCACGAGAGAGGCCGUGGAAAAUGUGGCCCGCGAGGGACUUGCUGCAGUGUUUCAUAUGGACUUACAGGUUUGAAAUUUUGUUCAAGUUACAUUAACGUCAAUCAACGUUAAUUAUUUUUAACGUCAAUCACGUUAAUUAUUUUUAAUCAUGCUGCUGAAGGAGAACACGAAUAGAAACGAAUCAUACGAUUACAACUUUUAAAACACAAGAGAACAAUAAGCUACAAUAAUUAAUAAAUCAAGAACUGUACACAAAGAGGAAGGGGAUCAUGUCAAUACAUUCUUUUACACAAAUGGAGAACUGAAUAUGGCUCUUGAUACCCGGCACAUUGAAAGAGAAGGAUCAUUUCAGCUGCGUUAACUUCUUCCUGCUUUAAGCGUUAAACCGAAGCGUAGAUUUAGCGAUCCUAGUUGUCAAAACACUGCGGCCAACAUCUGUUAUAUCGGUGCUCUUGUUAAAUACCUUGCUGUAAGGGACUUUAGUUGGGGAAAUUGUGUGAUUUAUUUUACUUAAAUGUACUAAAACGUACACAAAUAAGUGCUAAAACGUUUAUACGUUAUUCUUUAAUAGGGGGUCUUGAGUUUCAAGAACACCUAUUUUGAACCAAGAUAUGUUUUGGUGGUUCCUGUAUCAAAGGAGGUGAGAAUGUAAAGAACUGCUUCAGUUUGAUCGUUAAUUUAUUUGCCAUCAGAAGGUAUCUGUUCCCAGGGAAUGUGUCACUCAAGGAUGCGGCGCAGUGUAAGAUAUGUAGAUCACGGGGUUCUGAACACUGCAAGCUAUUACUGUGAACUGAACUCAAUGUAUUAGUUAUUUUGUAUUUUCAUUUGAAUGAUGUGUUUUUCUAUGCUCGAAAAGUCGUCGCGAAUAUUAAUAAACAGGCCCAAUGGCACACUUCACAAUGUUUUUACAACUCAGAGUUUUGCGGUUGUCGUUGUUUUCAGAUUCAUGUCGCCCGCCUCCGUGAACGCGGUGAUUAUGCAGAGCCUAUGUUACUCCAAUCAUUAGAGCGAGCUGAUACGUGUCUACACCACAACAGAGAUAACCCUGGUUUCUUUGACAUGGCUAUAAGCAGCGGUAAGAAAUUACGUGGUAUUCAUCCCUCAAAACAAGGAAAUGUCUUUCUGUUUCGUCGUAGUAAUUUUUAUUUUAUUUUCUUAACCACAGAUGAUCUUAGCGACGCUUAUAAGCGUCUUAAACGUCUUAUUAUGGAAUACUUGGGCAUGUCACCUCCGUCAACAGUGCAUUCCGAUCUGUUCAGCGGUAGCAUGACAUCAGUUGAUACCAGCCAAUCAGAAGAGACCUUACAUCAAGCGGAUAAAUCUGGUACCAGUCAAACUACAAGUAUCACGGUCAACAUGGCAGUGAGAACCUGGUCACGUCCAUCCGACUCCUCCACCCUACCCUCCAAGGGCAUUAAAUUAAAGCAGCACAGAACACCAGUGGUGAGAGAAGUUUUACAUGUGAAUAUUUUUUAUUUCGAAAACAAUUUUUUGUCAACUCUUAGUUUAUCACUCGGCUCUUCACAAGCUUGCAUGGGUAAAAAACAACUUUGAAGCGUCCCCAAUAUCCGUAGAACUUGUAGUACGUGUCCUAAGUAAACCAACAAUACAUAGCCUUCUAACGAACGUUCACUUAACCUGAAGAUAUAUUCCAUUUUUUGUACCUGUUCCUCCUUCUAGGAAAUCCUGUCACUUGAACGUCGACAGACCAAAGCCAAGGCGGCAGUGGCGGGAAUUCAUCAGGUUUCACUGGAGCAAUUUAUGACUUCAAGGUAUACACAAUAACUGAAACCGAUAACUGUUGGCGCUUGUCCCUUUAUUACUUAGCUGUUUAUCACGUCACGAAGUCAUCCUCAUCUCCUUACUAACAGGUAGCAUUGCUUCAAACUGUUUAAUUUUCUGUUUGGAAAGUUAUUUCUUUGGUUCAGUGUAGUUGUAUUUUCAGUUUAACGUUCGUUUUCCCCAGUAUCGUUGAAUGUCUUUUAUUAAAGAGGGACACGGCUUCUAUAUCACUUUUUCCUCUAUGUUCCUCGUGGAUAAACACGUGGCCUGAUUAUUCAUGUUUCAGACAGGCAGUUUCAGCCAGUUUGCAGCCAUCAACAGCGCACUUUUCCUCCUCCGGGGUCAAACGCUCCACAUCAGAACCUCUCAAUUUCAACCCCUCAUUGGCCUCCAUGGUCGCAAACGCCAGCAGUCAAAAUGAGGCGAGAGAAGCGGGCCUGGAAUCGAACAUCUCUGAAUCGGACGAAGAUCAGGAAUCCGCUUCAUCCAUCAUAUCUUCUGCGCGUGCGUACUCUGAUAACGGAGUCCAGUCCCCAAGAGACUCGGACGAGCAAGAAGGGGAAGACUCGAGAGACUUGCUGGAUUUCAUUCCAACGGAGACACUUGACUCACAAGAAACCGCAUCUGCUCCAUUCUCGGGUGUUUUUGGUCAAGUAGAAAUUGCCAAUUCUAUAUAACAAUUUGAUUUCUUAUAAUGCCUCAGAAGUAAGACACGUAUAAUUUCCACGUGGGAAAAAAUUAAACUCACGAGCAGUAAUACUUGAGUUGAAGAUACCACUUUCCUAUCGUUUGAGUGAUCAAUCCGUCUUUUGGAAUGGAACCAUGUGGCUUAGUAAAAUUUGAUUCAUAAAGUGACAGAACUGUAAAAUUUUACAGCUGAGUAAACUCGUGAAAGGCAAAAAUAUAGUUUACUAAAAGCGUCCAUGCUCAAAGCCAACGUUGUACAUUCGUAUUUUUCUUUUCUUCGAUAUAUUUUAUGUUUUUGUAAAUAGUUAUUU